UCAAGAAUCAUCAGUUUCUCUACUUACCCAUGUUUUUCUACGUGAUGAGCGUUACAACAAAUUCUUGGCCGAUUUGCAUGUUUCACAAGGGCAAAUACAUAAGUAAUAAAUAUUUUAUUAAAUUUUAUUUUUAUUGGGAUAUGGAAGAAAAAAAUUAUUUUAGGUCACGAAUGUAUCUUAAGUUGACUUCUAAAGGACGUCAACAAAGGUAAUACCUAAAAUGUUUACUUCGAUUUUAUGGCUUUGCACUCUUUCUGCUAUCCUUUCCGCUUUACAACCUUCCUUGGCUAUUUGUUUGUUUGUCUCAAACUUGUUUUUGUGUGCUUCUGUUAAUACUUGUUUUUAUUUAUUUAAUAUUCCUUUAAAUGUUGUUACAAUUGGAAUUUUGGCUGUUUUUGGUUUACCCCUAAAUUCUGCCUGUAUUUUACACUUUUCUCAUCACUUUUUCAACUCUGGACCACUACAACAAAACAAUUAUUUAAGAAUUCAAUACGCAUUUCAAUGCUCUUUAUGGCCUAUAUGUUUAGCAACAAUUAUAGGGCCCUUGACUUUUUGUUUUGAAUUAAUAUUUGGAACAUAUCCGCCUAUUGUUUUCAAUGUUUUCCAAAUCCUAACAAUUUGUUCACUUCUUAUAUUUAUUCAAAUUUUUGUUUUUCUGCCGAGUUUAUUGCCAAUGUUCUCAGAUUUGUUUCACGAUAUGUUCACUAUAGCUUCCCAACUUUGUGAUGAAAAUGCAAAUGCAGAAAUGACUGUGGACCCAAUGUCAGAAAAUGUUUAUUUUGUAAGAAGGCAACAGCCUAUAUGUCCGACAAGUUCGUUUAAUAGAUGGCAAGCUGCUAUGGGGUAUAGUUAUCAUCAAACAUUCAACAUUGGAGGAGCGCCAACAAACUUGUCUAUUCCCCCAGCAUAUAAACCACCUCCAAUAGAAUAUUACCCCUUUAAACCUCAACAAAAUAAUAAUUUUGUUCUUCACAGUCGACAAACUAGCAGAUUUAGUCAGCAAGAUCAAAAUAUUAAUUCUCCGCGGAUAAAUUCAAGUUGUGGAGGAAGGUCAAUACACACCGAUCCAAAAGAAAGGAGCGCACCUCCUCCACCUAUUUACAGCCCUCCAAAUAUGCGAAAGGAUAAUGUAAUGAUUAAUGGGUGUUGUUGUAGCAAAACAGAUAGUGGACAUAAUAGUUUUAGUGAAUCACUUGAAUCUCAUGUUGACUUGCGCAUUCGCCAUUUACCAACUCAACAACAAAAACAACCAAAUAAUGGAAUAAAUCGUACAGUAGAUAAUAAUAAUAAAACAAACAACCUUCGAACAAACAAUUUUCAAAUUAAAUAUCCUUCAAAAUUUGUUGCGGAGGAAGAACAAAUUUAUGAAGAGCCAGAUUCGCCUUUACCUGAGUCAAAAAAUAAUAAAAAUUCGGAAAUUAAUAUUUGUGCUGGAGCUGUUGCCCGUGCAAAGACUAGAUUGACACAUUAA